UGAGUAGAGAAUUCUGAAGAGUAAAAAAGACAUUAAAACUACUAAUAAAAUCAUAACUCCUUGACAAUCUGCUUAGGUAUAUGGGAAAAUCAUAAGCACAGGAUAGACAUAAAAUGUAAAUAUAUACAUUUAUUUAUGAUGAAGUAUAAAAGCUUGAAUAUGUUAAAUUUUAAAUCAGUUAAAAUGGUCUGUAAUCUAUGAGCAAAUUUCUCUGAAUAUCAUCUACAGAUUGAAGAGAAGUCAGAAGUCAGGGAUGAGAAACCGAACAAUAACAACAUUCAUUCUGCUGGGACUCACAGAUGACCCCGAGCUACAGGUUCUGAUUUUUAUCUUUCUAUUUCUCACCUACACACUGAGUGUAACUGGAAACCUGACCAUCAUCACACUCACCUUUGUGGAUUCCCACCUGAAAACACCCAUGUACUUUUUCUUAAAAAAUUACUCCUUUUUAGAGAUCUCCUUAACAACUGCCUGUGUUCCUAGAUAUUUGUAUAGCAUAGCAACAGGUGACAAGGUCAUUACCUAUAAUGCUUGUUUCAUUCAAGUGUUUUUCACUGACCUCUGUGGAGUAAUAGAGUUUUUUCUCCUGGCCGCCAUGUCCUAUGACCGCUACGUGGCCAUCUGCAAACCCCUGCAUUAUGUGACCAUCAUGAGCAGCAGAGUCUGUGGGAUUCUCAUCAGCUCUUGUUGGAUGGCUGGUCUGUGUGUUUUAAUCCCACCACUUAGCCUGGGUUUAAAUCUGAAAUUCUGUGACUCUAACAGGCUUGAUCAUUUCGGCUGUGAUGCGUUUCCCUUAGUGAAAAUCUCAUGCUCAGACACAUGGCCCAUGGAACAGACAGUUAUAAUCUGUGCUGUGCUGACCCUGAAUAUGACUCUCACUUGUGUAGUUCUGUCCUAUGCUUACAUCAUCAAGACAAUUUUUAGGUUCCCUUCUGUCCAGCAAAGGAAAAAAGCCUUUUCGACCUGCUCUUCCCACAUGAUUGUGGUUUCCAUCACCUAUGGAACGUGCAUUUUCAUCUACAUGAAUCCUACAGCAAAGGGAGAAGUGACUAUUAAAAAAGUGGUUUCACUGCUCAUUUUUUCUGUUUCACCUACUUUGAAUCCGUUUAUUUAUACUUUGAGAAACAAUCAAGUUAAGAAAGCCUUUAAGGACUCAAUCAAAAGAAUUGCCUUGCUCUCAACUAAGUAAAAGAAAAGGAUAUUUUUAAAAUACUAUCUCAAAAAUAAGAAUAAGUGGCCACAAAUACUUUAUUGUUGAAGUAUGUAAUCUUUUGAAU